AUGUCGUCUACCCUUUCACUUCAAACCAUGCGGCCGGCCGCCGGGCUUGGACUCCGUCACGGAUUGCCGCCGUGCCACGCCCUGUCGCCGCAAUCGAGGAGGCCGCGGGCCGUGGCGACGGUGAGAUGCGGCGCCUUCCAACGGGACCACUACGGCGGAGCGCUGGUGGACGAGAGUAUGACGGUGCUGCGGCGAAAGAUCCGGGAGGCGCGGAUGGCGGAGACCAACUACGAGGCGCCGCCGGGGUGGGCAUCGUGGGAGAAGCGCUACUACCCGGCGUACGUCUCCGACGUGUCCGCGCUCGCCGGCACGCUGCAGCUGAUGCUCAUGGGCACCAGGCCCGGCGUCGCCGUGGCCGUGGCCGCGCUGCUGCUCGGCGGCGUGCCGGUCUCCGCCGCAGUCGCCCUGCACCUCCUCGGGCAGGCGGCGGGAACCGUUCUGCAGCACGUUUCUUGACUGGUUCGCCGCGAUUUCUGUGUGUAAAUAGUGCGACGGAUCGAAAGAUCUGACGGACAUACGAUUCGUUUGGUUUUCGCUGAGCCGAUUACCGAUAUAUACAU